AUGCGUCUUCUCUUUUUCGUCUUGUGUCUCUUGCUGGUGGCCAUCUCCGCCUCAGCGCCACCACUCCAGCCGGGAUCCUACGCCAAAUCCUGCCCAAACGCAGAGCUCAUCGUCAGAGAUGUCAUGAAGAAGGCGAUGAUCAGAAAACCCAGAAGUGGAGCUUCUGUCAUGCGGCUUCAAUUCCAUGAUUGUUUCGUUAACGUUGUGACGGGUCGCUGUUGUUGGAUGAUACUCCGACCAUGCUUGGGGAGAAACUCUCUUUACAUCAUUAUCUUUGCCUCUAGAGAUGCUGUUGCUUUGAGUGGAGGUCCGCAUUGGGAAGUGAAAUUGGGAAGAAAAGACAGUUUAACGGCAAGCCAAAAAGAUUCUGAUGAUAUAACGCCGAGUCCGAGAGCCAACGCAAGUUCCCUCAUCGAUCUUUUCGCCAAAUUCGAUCUCUCAGUGAAAGAUCUCGUAUCCCUUUCCGGUUCUCACUCCAUUGGAAACGGCCGUUGCUUCUCUGUCGUCUUCCGGCUAUACAACCAUUCAGGCACCGGCUGCCCAGAUCCCACCAUCGAGCCUAAGUUCCGGCAAAAGUUAGACAAGCUUUGCCCUCUUGGAGGAGAUGGGAAUGUCACCGGCGAUUUGGACUUUACGCCUCAUGUUUUUGAUAAUCAGUACUUUAAAGAUUUGGUGAACGGAAGAGGGUUUCUUAAUUCCGAUGAAACGUUGUUUACUUUUCCGGAAACGAGAGGGUAUGUGAGAAGGUAUAGUGAGGAUGAAUCAGAGUUUUUUAGGGAUUUUGUCGAUGGGAUGAUAAUGAUGGGGGACUUGCAGUCGGGGCGGCCGGGGGAAAUUCGGAGGAAUUGUAGGGUGGUUAAUGACCCGCCGCCGGUGAAGGUGGUGGUCAGGGGAUUCCAGGAUAGGAAAAUCUUGAGCCGGUGAUUUGUGAUGUCGUCUUAAAUACGAGUAUAAUUUAUAUCUGCUAAAAGUGCUACAUAUGUUCUCAGAUUAGUCAAUGCGUUUCAUAAUAUGACGC